AUGCAGCUGGUGGUAUUUAAUGCUCUCUCCUCUGCUCUGCUGAUUCUAGCCGUGAUCCCUUCUGUGUAUCUACAGUCAGAUUGUUCUCAAGCCCAGUCAUGUGACGUGUGUGUUGGCGAUUCCAUGCUCAACCUGACAGGCUGCGUCUGGAGGCUUUGUCCAAAUGGUAAUGAUACAGGCAUGUGCAUUAGGGGUGAUUCAGCAGACAACGCCAUGAACUGUAGCUGGACCAAUGUGUCUGAAUCGUGCACAGUUGUAGAGACUGUUGCUGCUGGAGGAGGUGAAGCCAUUUCAGGUGAUGAUAACACCAACUCAUCUCCCGAGUUAUCGCAGGCCAAGUUCGACAUGUCCAGCUUCAUAGGCGGCAUCAUACUCGUGCUGUGUCUGCAGGCAGGCGGCUUCUUCGCCAUGCGCUUCCUCAAAUCCAAAGAGCAGAGCAGCUACGACCCCAUAGAGCAGCCACAGUAAAGACAAGAUAAAUGACAGACAAGCAGACAAGGGCAGAGAAGGACAGCAGAGCGGUGACUCAUCUGGUUAUGACGACAAGAUUCACUCCCCACCCUCCUUUUUUUCCCCCCC